GUUGAGAAGAGGGAACAUGAACGCCACAGUGGACGCCGGAGAACCAUCCUACAGUACCACCGGAACUAGCCGUGGCAGCAUCGGCUACGAUCUUGGAUUCUCCUUCCUCGUCAUCUUCUUCAUAUUCACCAUCUGCUACACUUCUUACCUCUGCAAGCGUAGGAUGAGCUCUCAAUCGCCACCGCCGCCCACGGACUCCGACUCCGACGACAACCGCUGUAUGAGAGCACUCCAUCAAGGUUUCGACGAUGAUGUCCUCUCCACUUUCCCUACGUUUCUUUACUCUGAGGCCGUUAAUUAUGGCUCCGGCUGCUCUAUUUGUUUGGCGGAUUAUAAUCCGGCGAACGUCAUCCGGUUAAUGCCAAAAUGCGGCCACUUGUUUCAUGUGAAGUGUAUAGAUAAGUGGUUGAAGGUUCAUCCUACCUGUCCGGUGUGUCGGAACUCGCCAUUGCCGACACCACCGGAGUUGACUUGAACUCAUUUUGUGAUCAUCAACAAAUUCGAUGCAAAACGUGUAUGUGAAACUUCAUAUAUACGUACACUUAGAUUAUACAUAUAAGUAUGUAUGCAGCUUAUUUAAUUCGGUAUUUAUAUAAUGAAAAAGCAAAUUAUUGUUAUGG